CUUUGCACCUGACUACAACAAAUUCCUCCACCUUGUACAUUUUUCUCAAUUUUCUCAAGAAAUAAUUAUUUUUGGACGAGAUUGAUUUUAGUGGAAGUUGUUGGUGAGUUAGUGAUUACAUAUUAAUUAUGUAUGUAGUGCUUCUUGGGGAAGAAAAAAGAAGAAAUAGAAGAAAUAUGAAACGCAUCAACAGUGAAGUCUGCUACACUACAUAGUGUAGAUUAGUUAAUUAUAUAUUUUAUUUAGUAAUGUUGAUAACUUAUUUUAAUUAUUAAAGUAGAUGUAUAUGCGGUAAUGUAUGUGGAAAGAUCAAAGAUGCUAUUUCGAUGAGAUUAGGUUAAGGUUAAUCUAUUGGUCUAACCCGACAGGGCUGCAUAGUGCCAAGGCGGCCGUAUCAUCUCGCGUCCAGGAAAUGCCUCAAAUUUAACCAUAUAAGGCUACCCCAUGGUGACAAAUCCUGCCAGAGGCUACCCCCCAGAGUAUUAUAAUCUGUCAGAGGCUAUGCUAGAGGCUACCCCAGGCUGCUAGAGGCUACCCCAGGCUGCUAGAGGAUACCCCAGGCUUAUAUAACACUGACUGACAAUUUGUCUCUUUUCAGAAAAAGAUAGUGUGACAUCACAUUUCAAGACCAAGUGUAACAAAGUUGAAAUUCACAAUGUCAACCAGACAAGAAAAGUUCUCCUGUGAAGAAUGUGGCAAACAGUUCUACUUGAAGUCUACUCUUAAGACACAUUUUCUUGUACACAGUAAGAUGAAAGAGUUAGAAUGUGGGGAAUGUGGGAAACAUUUUACACGAAAGAGUCAUCUCAAGAGACACAUACUAAGACAUAAUGGUAUAAAAGAGUUUGAAUGUGAGGAAUGUGGGAAACAUUUUGCACAAAAGGGUGAUCUCAAGAGACACAUACUUGGACAUAGUGGUUUAAAAGAAUUUGAAUGUGGGGAAUGUGGGAAACAUUUUGCACAAAAGAGCGAUCUCAAGAGACACAUACUUGGACACAGUGGUAUAAAAGAGUUUGAAUGUGAGGAAUGUGGGAAACAUUUUACAAAAAAGAGUAGUCUCAAAACACACAUACUUGGACACAGUGGUAUAAAAGAGUUCGAAUGUGACGAAUGUGGGAAACAUUUUGCACGAAAGAGUGAUCUCAAGAGACACAUAAUUGGACACAGUGGAAUUAAAGAGUUUGAAUGUGAGGAAUGUGGGAAACAUUUUACAAAAAAGAGUAGUCUCAAAACACACAUAAUUGGACACAGUGGUAUAAAAGAGUUUCAAUGUGAGGAAUGUGGGAAACAUUUUGCAAAAAAGAGUGGUCUCAAAACACACAUGCUUCUACACAGUGGUUUAAAGGAGUUUGAAUGUGAUGAAUGUGGGAAAUGUUUCUCCCAGAAGGGUACUCUCAAACAUCAUAAACUUGUGCAUGAAAAAACUUCUACCAUGGCCUAAGUAUGUUACCAUGACAUAAAAAAAUAUGUUUGAAAAAUAAUCUUGUGUUAGUUGAGGGGUAUUCUAUGAGUCUAAUAGAACUUGUAGCUGCAGUCAUUUUGCUAACAUGUAAUAGUCACAUGUACUGUAGAUGCAGCCAUUUUGAUUUGGCUUGGUCAAGCCAGGUAGUGAUGUUGUUGACCUAGUUGUCACUUGUACCCAGUAUAUUGUACAUUAAUAUUUGUGAUGUACUAACAUGUAUUGUACAGUUCUGGACCGAAGUUUCUGGUACACUCAAGGUGGAGAGUACGAAGUCCACCCCCACCCUUAUUGGAUGGCGGGUCCGCUGUCCAGCCAUCACCCUCCCCACACAAACUGCACCCUUGUAGUUCAACAAUCGAGCUUUGAUAUUUCCAUUUCUCAAUAAGGACUACGAAAGGAUAUCAUUCUUUUGUUUGUUUGAUUCACAAAACAAUUUACCAUAUCAAGUUUUAUAUAAUUUGAUAUAAUUGUUACAAGGUCAUUAGAUAAUAAUGACAUUGGAUAGAGUGUGUCUAUGUUUUAAACAACGUUAAUUAGAUAUUUAUAAUGAUGUUGAUAUGAGGAGAAAUAUUGAAAGUACGAGGGUGGAAAUCACAUUUAUUUUUAAUAGUUACCAACACAGUUCAUACAGAAUCUCAAUAGCCUGUCCAAUGACCUCCCUUUUCUAUAACCUCCUGGAGUCUUUUUGGGACUGCACAUUAUCAGAAAGAUUAUUCAAUCUAAUUGGAUGGCUUGGUGCAUUAUCUAAGAGGAGCAAGGCUUUGUUGGAUAUAUUUCGCUUGUUACUGUACCUUUCAACAGCAGGGGCAAAAUAGUUUGUGAACCAGUUUUGAAAAAGGCUCAUGGUCAUCCAAGCUUUCUUGUUUGAAUGCUUAGGCUUGGCGAAGCCCUUGAAAGGGGCUUUAAUUUCAUUUCACCAGUAGCAUUUCCUCCCAAAAGAAGAGUCAGACGAUCUUUUGAAGCUUUAAAACCUGGUGCCGACUUUUCUAAUUUGGAAUUGAACAUCCUAGCAGGCAUGCGCUUCCAAAUAAGUCCGGUUUCAUCCAUUUUGUACAAGUGCAGCUUCUCUAUCAGCACUGGCAGCUUCACCGACCAUCUUAAUGUAAUGUAACUGAAGGCGCUUCUUAAACCUUUCAAACCAUCCUUUACUCGCCUGAAAAGGUUUUGCAUCAGAACUUGCACCUUAUUCUUUCUGCAAAUCCCCAUACAAACUUUUUGCUUUCUCCUGAAUGAUCAUCGUACUUUGCUGCACAUUCUGUUUUGUUUGGUCUUCAAUCCACAAAUUCAACAGUCUUUCCAUAUUAAGCAUCACAUCACUUCGAUGAAAAAACAAUGUAUGAGCAGUUAAAGGAGUAGCCGAUUUAGCACUUGACCUAACUUUGUCUUUAUUAUCACUUAUUGUGCUCACUGCAGAUGUAGCAAGGCCUAAUGUAUUUGCAUUCUGGAUAAGUUUUUCUCCCGUAUCAAACCUCCAUAAAACAUCAAGCUUAAUGUCCAAUGUAAUUCCUUUAUGGGAUCUUUUAGCACCACUGCUUUCACUUGAACUCGAUGGCCUAUUUCCACUCAUCUUGAAUAAGGGUACACAGUAAUACAGUCCCGAAUACAGAAGUACAGUUUGUAAGUGUCGCACGACCAAGCGCUCAAGACCGCAUGUGAGUUCAAACAGAGCGGGUUAGUAUGGCUUGGGUACGCGACGUCCCCACUGUACAGUCUUGUAGCAACCACCAAGAAGUUCACACAAAAUAAAUUUUAUAAUUUGAUUUUUUUUCUAAUAGUACAGGUAUUGAAAAAAAAAAUUAACUUAUAAUUUUUGUACCCAAUUUCCAUAAUGGCAAAUUUUUUGUCCUUAUCCCAGAUAUAUGGGUCAUAAUUUACAAAAUCCGUAAGAGUGAAUUUCUGUAACCUGAGUUUCCAUAACCCGGGGGAUGCCUGUAGAUAAGGUAUAAUGUAGAAAUAUAAAACCUUUGCAAAUCCUUUUAUUCUAUUUGUUAUUCUUUAUGGUAAAACUACUACCAUUUACAGUAAUUUCAAUGAGCUGCAUGACCUAACAUAUUGCAAACAUCAUGCCUUGUAUUACAGUAUUGCAUCUCCAGCAAUGAAUUUAGCCAUGAGAAGUGCUGUGGAGUGCCUUAUCAUCUGAGUAUACAGUAUAUCACUUUUCCAAAAAUCCUCGUCUUUCUCAAUGUAGAGCUGAGCAAAAGCCAGUCUCCUUGCCCAGCUUCCUUCUGUCAAGUGUUCUUUCCUUGCGGGAGCGCAGUGGUGUAGACCCACCUAAUGUAACUUUCGUCAGACACCACGAACUGCAAGCUCUCCCUUGUGGACUCUGCGAUUAUGAAGUGGUCCGCCUGGCUGCUGCGGUGAUGUUGCCAUACCCAGCUGGAGUAGUCCUCCAUACAGCACCUUAUCUUGCUGAGAAGAGAACGGGAAGCAUAUAUAACUUGGUAAUAUUAAAUGCAUCAGUAAUAUUUUACUAUUACUGUAUAGUGAAAUUGAUGAAGAGUGCUCUGCUGGCUCAAUAAUAGCUUACCCAGGUUGGUCAUAUUUCCGCUUUCCUCCCACCUCCUGAUUCCCUUGCCUACAGUUGUGGGGGACAUGCCAAGCUCAUACGCAAUGGCACGUAUGGAGACGCUAGAAUCAUGGAGGCUGAUGAUUCUUCCUUUCAAGACUAACUAUCUCUUCCUUCCUGUUCAUGUCUGGUCGGUGGAGCUACUGAACACCGUCGGCUGUAAUGGUGUUGACAACACCUCAGUUGAAACUUAUCCUGCUGUCUGGUGUGCAAUAAAUUGGCCACAUCGUUCACCGCUAACUUGGGAUGCAGUGGUAAAACGUCCUCUUCAGAACCAUAGUAUCCCUUACAUUCCUGCUUAGUAUGCUGACUACCAUUCAGAGGGAAAAUACAGCUAGAGAAUUCUGACAUCAUUGCAAAUCCUAGCCACCAAGACACACACUCCACUAUGCCAUGAUUAUCUAAUAAUGUUGUAACUAUUAUAUCAAAUAAUGUAAAACUUGAUUGGGUAAAUUGUUUGAUGAAUUUAAUAAACAAAUCAAUGCCAUCCUUUCCCAGUUCUUAGUGAGAAAUGGAAGUAUCAGAGCUUGAUUGUUGAACUGCGAGGAUAUUUGUUUGUGUAUUGGGGACGAUGGACGGACAGCGGUCAGCAGACCCGCUGUCCAGUACAGGUGGGGCAAACUUUAAACACCCUCCACCUUGACUGUAUCAGAAACUUCAUUGCAGGUCUGUACAUAAGAACUGUAAUGUAGUAACAUAUAUUGUGCAUUAACAACUGUGGUGUACUAACAUGUAUUGUACAUUAACAACUGUGAUGUACCAACAUGCAUUGUACAUUAACAACUGUGAUGUACUAACAUGUAUUGUACAUUAACAACUGUGAUGUAUUAACAUGUAUUGUACAGUCCCCCCAAAAAAGUAUCGUUAGCCAUGGGGUUGAUGUGAUUCAAGGCUUUCCGAGCAAUGUUACUCGAUUUGUUUUUGAACGGGUGGUAGUUCUACGUCAGUGUCCUUUUACCAUGAAAGAGUACUGUAUAUACAUUUUCAAGCAAUACAUACAUUAAUGUAGCUGUAUAUGGAUAUCUUGUUAAAUUGUAGUAUAUACAGUAGUACAGGGAUAUAUCAUCCAAGGACAACUCCCUCCCCCAAUCCUACUCCCAUCUCUAGCUGUUGCUGGUAUGGCGAGCAGGUGUAUCAACUUAUGAUGAUGCACUGGGGAUCAUAUCAAAGCAUUUUGUCUAACGUUUCAAAUUGUUAUGACAUAAAAUUUAACGAUACUUUUUUGGGGACUGUACAUUAGCAACUGUGAUAUAAGAACAUAAGAACAUAAGAAUGGAGGAAACUGCAGCGGGCCUAUUGGCCCAUACUGGGCAGUCCCGUUUACACCCAACCCCUAUUGCUCAUAUGAGCAUCCAACCUAUGUUUGAA